CCUAAUAUGGCUACACAUCCAUACAAUCAAGUCAACAAAUGACGUCGAGGGACGGGCAUCGGCGAGAUGGCAUUUAUGCGUGGGAGCAGCGGAAGUAAUAAGCAAAACGAUUGGAAGCCGCUCGAGUCAAGAACAAGGCAAACGGCAUGUCCGACAGAGAUGACUGGCAACCGGGAUGCGUCCAGCCGGAUGGACAAUCAGAGUUUGAUCGAAUUCCGACGUGGAUGUGGGCGCUUGUCUUCGUUCUCGUCGCUCUCCUUCUUCUCACCUACGCCGGUUUGUUAUUGUGGAACAUGACGAAAUCAACCGCAACGAGACAGACGAAGAGACCGCCGCGUGUGACCGUGUCGAGGAGAAGCUCGAGUGAGAGCGGUGAGAGCCCGCCGGGUGGCAUGGCAACAUACCGAGUCGGACAGAUGUUUGACUGUCACACGAGCUCGACGUCUGGGACGGUUAAUUCUCAUCUCGUUGCUGUCUAUCCUGGUUUCUAUAGGAGAGAUCGAGCAUGCCAGACAGAUGACCCCGUGAUGACUGCAGGUGACAACCCAAGGGGCACCGACGCCUCCCAGGGUUGUGGUGACCACCUGCGAGAGACGGGACGGCAUCGGGGUGGUCAACUGUCGGAAGAGCCGUCGAGCUUUACCUCUUCUCUUAGUAUUGAUACUCCUGGGAUGACUCUGAGUAGGAGUAGGCGCCAGCGUCCACAGGCAUUGACUCUGUCUUCCGAUUCUUUCUUGACGGCAGGAUCGGAUCGAGAUGUGCUGUCGCAUCUCACGGCAACCGGAUUGUAUGGAAAGGCUGGAGAGCCCAUGGAAAAUAGUUUUCCUAGAAGAAUUCCCAAUGUUCCGGGAUUUCGAAUCGUUGAGCAACUGAGCAGCAAUGCAUCGAGCUUGAAACGACCGAAGAGACCGACACCCGGAACGGCCAGAGUAUCAUCAGGUCAAUAUGCUUACAGUGUGACUGAAGAAGAUGGCAUACUUUUUCAUGAAAUACACUUUCCAAAUGGCACGAUCAAACAGCCGGCUAGAUCGGCUGCUCUAAACGUUCCUUACUCUCGAGUAUCAGAAUCAGAGGGUGAAUCGGCAUUUACGGGUGCUUCUUAUUCUGAUGUGUUCGGUGAAGCCGAGCCACGGACUGCUAACGUUCCAGACGGUGCAUCAACAAAUGGUGAACCUCAGGGACGUCCUUUGCACUCAAUGUUUGAGUGGGAUUAUUCGAGCAUGUUUAUGCCACGUUAUAAAAGUAAAAAUAUUCGAGAGAAAGGAACAAACCCAUCAGAUGGGAAAGUCUUUGAGGUAGAAUGUUAGUAAAAUGGUUAGAAAGAUGAACAUUACAGAGUUUACACUAUAGGAUAAUGCAUACAGAGUUCCUGUAGCUACGAUAUACGGUAAAUGAAUUAUUUUGUUAAUAUCAAAUAGUGAUUUUUAUUAUAGACUUUCACAAAUGUUUUCUAGUCUGGAUAUUUGAUUCCUGAGAUCUAAUAUAUUACCUUCUUGGCUAAGUCUGGGUGAUGAUAACCGCGUCCUUUCUUUGCUUACAGUGUAUUGGAUUUUUAUGGCAACUCUGGUUGUUGGCUAAUGAAAUGGUGAGUCAAACAGGUACAUGUAUACAUAAAUUCAUUUGUCCAAGCAUAGAUAGAUAGACAAAGCUCAAUCUCUCAUCAACACAACAAACAAACUUAGAUUAUUUCCCUAGAUCUGCAUCAAGGGUGACCACAACUUGCAAUGUUUUCUUAUCCAUGAUCAAACCUUAUUGCGUUUUAUGGUACAAAAAUGUUGGUAGAUAACAAAAAUAGAGAUACAGACCUUACACACGAUUGUUCAAAACAUUAAUUAAUGUUCAGAGAGGAGCAGAUGGUCCAGACCUUCAUACAACAUCAAACAGGUUACUUCCUCACUUCUGUGUACACUGUACUGUUGGUAGAUAAUACUCUUGCUCAGGCCGACGCCAGAGGAAGUUGGAACCGCAUUGUUACACCCGUACAAGAUAAAGUGGCCUUUAUCAUGUACAUGCAUGUACUAUACUUUUUCUUGUCUCAAAGGAAACAUUACUAGAAGGACAGAUGUUACAUCACUGGCCUGUACAGGGUCUGGACUGAUUGAAUGGGUCCAAAAAUGAUUGACUACUAUGAGACAAUACGAUUUCUCUACUCGUCUCCUUUCCUUUCCACCGCUUCAGUAUUUAGUUGUUGUCUGUUCUGUCUGUGAGAUCCUUGAAAGGUUUGAGACUCUGGUAGCCAAAAAGCGAAAAAGCGUCAAAUGUGCGCCUUCAAUGGCAAUGGUCAUGGUGUCUUCCUAGGGUGAUUUCACAUCCAUUAGAUGACAAGAGAAGAGUGGU